GCCAUACCCUAAUUAAUCAGCUGAUAGGGUGGCAUUGGCUAUAAAUGUCAUGGCGUUUACCAUAGCAUAAAUUCAGUUCAGACAUGGACAAUAUCAAGUUAAUGAUAUCUCGAUUUCACGCUUUUGAUCAAAUGUACAGUUACGAAAAAAGGUUACAGACUUUCUCCGACUGGCCAUUUCGAGAGGACUGCUUGUGCACUCCAGAACAGAUGGCCAAAGCUGGAUUUGUCCAUUGUCCAAGCGAGAACGAGCCUGAUGUGGCCUGCUGCUUCUUCUGCCUGAGGGAGUUGGAGGGCUGGGAGCCACAGGAUGACCCCAGGGCUGAACACAUCAAGCGAACGCCUAACUGCCCCUUCCUGCUGAUGCAGAAGGACCACAGUGAAAUGACCCUGGCUGACUAUCUGCACCUUAGCAAAGAGCGACUCAGCCUUUUCAUUACAAAGUUGUCACACAUGAGGAUGGCACACUUUCGUGACAGUGUGGAUACGGCAAAGAAAAACAUCCAGAAAAUGUAAUUUUAAUGUUCUUGUCCUUGUAAUUUGUUAAUUGUUAUGGUAUGUGUUCUUACUAAUAUUUACAUCAAUUAAAAAUGUACACUUUUGUAAUAA